AUGGAUUAUCAGUUCAACUACUUUUGUUGGUUUCCCUACAGCAUCUACUGGGAAUAUGCCCUUAAUGUGAGGGUGGAAGAAAUCGUCUAUGUCCACUGCCAUCAACAAGGUGACUCUGGUGGAACUAUUGUUCUGGUUGGGCAGGAUGGAACUCAGUAUCCACCUAUCCAUUUUCCUCGUGGUGGUCACCUUCUUGCCUUCCUCUCCUGCCUUGAAAAUGGUCUUCUUCCACAUGGCCACCUUGACCCUCCACUCUGGUCCCAACGAGGCAAAGGUAAAGUUUUUCCCAAGCUGAGGAGAAAAGCCCGGGCACUAGCCAACAGGCAGCAUCAUGGGGGCUCAGACAACGAUGAAGAAGAAGCCACUGAUUACGUGUUUAGGAUACUCACAUCCAUCAAGCCUGAUCGUCUCUCACAUUUGGAGCUGAUGUCGCCACUGCUUCGUGGGGGUUCUGGGUGGCUGCCUCGUGUCCCUAAGCUCUCAUCACACUCAUCCUCCACCUCCUCCUCCAAGUCACUCAGUCUUGGAGACUCCAUGAGUGAGGUCAUGCCACCACCACCUCCAACACCAAACCCAAGUAUGGAUGUACCAUUACCAGCACCUGCUGAACAUUCAGCUCAUGGAAGAGCUACAGUUACCACAAAUGAAAAGAAUAGUGACUCGCUUGAACUUCUCUGUGCCACAAUGAAACACCAGAUCAUCUCCAGGGCAUUCUAUGGCUGGCUCGCUCACUGUAGGCACUUGAGAACUGUUCGUACUCACCUAGCUGGCCUUGUGCUGCCCUCUACUUCCACUCCACCACACACACCAGCAUGGAAUGAAGGGGUGACAGAGGAAGCAUGGCAGGCCCUUCACACCAAUGGCUGUCUCAUGCACCAGGAGGAGCUUCUCACCCGGGUCUACUUAGGUGGCAUUGCAUCACACAUUAGGAAAGAGGUGUGGCCAUAUCUGCUGGGUCAUUACAACUUUGGGAGCUCACCAGAGGAGAGAGAUGAUCAAGAUCGCCGUAUUCGGCAGACAUAUGAAACCACAAUGUCAGAGUGGUUGGCUGUGGAAGCUAUUGUACGACAACGUGACAAAGAGAUAAUGGCUCAGAAUAUGGCUAAGCUCUCUUCAGAGUCACAGAAUGGAGAAAUACCACUGGUUGGGAGAGACAGAUCUCUCAGUAAUGAGGUGUUUGAGCCAGACACAUUGAGUAUUGGGUCAGUGGAUAACCCUGGCACAGUGCAGGAGGAGGAUGAGGACCCUACCAUAGAUGACAUAGAACAUUCAGAUAUCACCAAUGUGGAGACAUACAGUGAGAAUUUCACAGAAAAAGAAAACAUCAGUCAUGAGGAUACAACACUCACAGAAAUGAAGAACAGGGAGAAUUUGAUGAAUGAUGAAACUGAAAAUAAUAAGAUUUAUGCCAAAGAGAACCUGAGACAAGAGAGUAAAGAGAGUGACACAGCAGAGGUUGCCAGCCCUACUUGUGUGGUAACACCUGAUGAGGGUGUAGAAGAAGGUAAUGAUGCCAAUGACCUAGAUGCAGAGCUCAUCCCUACCCCAACUGAAACAACAGCCUGUGUUAGUGGCUCGUUCACCGUGGAGACAUGUUAUCCCCCCAUCACCACCCCAGUUAUAGUUAGCAAAGCCUCCCUAGACAGUGGCAGCCACUCUGACGUAGUAAAUGGUGUGGAUGAUGAAGCUGCAGUAGAUGAUGAGGUCAAGAGUAUCACAGAAAAUGGAACUAGUGAAGACAGUGCCAAAGAACAUGGUGAUGUCACUUCAGAAAAUGUACCUGGUAAUGAUGAUAAGAACAUGGAUACUUUAGCUGUUGAAGAAAACCAAGAUGGCCACAGUUUAGAAUCUAGAUCAUCCUGUAUUUCACCAGCAUCCUCUCAGGGAGGAGUGUACUCAAUGGAACUGCUGGAAACCUUUGGGCUGAAUUUGCACCGUAUUGAUAAAGAUGUACAAAGGUGUGAUCGUAACUACUGGUACUUUACUCAAGAUAACCUUGAGAAACUACGUAAUGUGAUGUGCACAUACGUUUGGGAACACCUUGAUACAGGAUACAUGCAAGGAAUGUGUGAUCUGGUUGCACCACUUCUUGUUAUUUUUGAUGAUGAAGCAGCCACAUACUCGUGCUUCUGCCACCUGAUGGGCCGCAUGUCUCAUAACUUCCCAAAUGGUGGUGCAAUGGAUCAGCACUUUGCUAAUAUGAGGUCACUGAUACAAAUACUGGAUUCAGAAAUGUUUGAACUUAUGCAUCAAAAUGGGGAUUAUACCCACUUCUAUUUUUGCUACCGAUGGUUCCUCCUUGACUUUAAGAGAGAGUUAGUGUAUGAUGACGUAUUCAUGGUAUGGGAAUCAAUAUGGGCAGCUCGGAAUGUAUCCUCAGCUCAUUUUGUUUUGUUUAUUGCACUGGCCUUAGUGGAAUAUUAUCGAGAUAUUAUCCUCGAUAACAAUAUGGAUUUCACUGAUAUCAUAAAGUUCUUUAAUGAAAUGGCAGAGAGACACGAUGCCAAAACCGUUCUUCACACAGCAAGGAAUCUGGUUCUACAACUUCAGACACUUAUUGAAAACAAAUAGGCUGCCUGAGAUAAUACAUGUGCCAAAAUGACAAGAUUUCUUAGUAUUGUAUAUAAUAAUAAUAUAGCACUGAAACUGCAUAAAAUUAAUGGUAAGAACUUCAAACACUUUUAUAUAUGGAUUCAAUAGGAGUGAUACUUUGUGCUUAAGAAAUCUGAGCAUAAUACUUUAAGGUAGACUUUGAUAUUCAAGGUACAAUGAGGUUCUCAGUCAGGUUAAAAACAUGAUGUGGCUACUACUAUUCAUAAAUUAUCAAAUGUAAGCAUAUAUAAAGACUCAGAAUUCCUUCAUCAUUUCUCUACAUAAUUGUAGGUGAAUCUUAAUUUCUAAUUUUUGUCUUACGUAUUUGUAUAGAUGAUUUGGUGCCACAGUAGUUUUAAACCAAAGAAAUUAAUAUUGUAAGUACAGUAGUACACAUACAACAUACCAAGGCAAGUAUACAUACACAUGAAGUGUCUGGUGAUGUAUCAGUGCACGUUCAGUCAGAGGCAUAUAUGCUACCCACUGAGCUGAAAAGAAUCAGAUCCCCGUGAACCACAUUGGUACAGGUCCACCAUCACAAAUCCGGCAAUCAGUUAUUCGGCACUAAUUUUGGCUAGCAUAAUUUCAAAUUUCCAGGGUCGCCACACCAACCUGCUGGUACUGUUUGGUGGCGCUACUUGCUGCAUAAGUCAUUCCAAUUUCUUUUUCUCCAUUUAUUGUUUUAACCUGCUUACUUUUAGCCCUAGCCAUGGUUCCAGUGAAUAAAAGAAAUGCUUCUCAUUAUGUAAAGCACCUACACAGUACAUUAUCCAUUAAAGAUAAGGUGGCUUUGAAGCCACUGUCGGUUGUCAUGAGCUCAGUCUCAUGAAGCAGGAGAAUAUGCUUUAUUAUUAUGCUAAUAUCAACACUACAGCUUAUUUGCCUAUCACAAUUGAUCUAAUAUGACAUAAGAAACAAUAUAAAUAACAUAAAACAUGUUAAAUACUCCAGAAUGAAUAAUAUUUGGCAUAAUACCGAGCAGUUCGACAGAAGUAUGAAGAGGAUAUAUGGUAUACAAAUACCAUUCUCCUAUCCCUGUCUUGGGGCUUAUAUUAGAGAAAACGAGUGUAGCACAGGGCUAACUCUCAUAUACACUCUUACCGCAUCAUAAACCUGAAACAAAAAAGUUAUUUUCUCUCUAUAGAUUAUCACACAUAGCAGCAUAUGUGUAGUGAACCUAGGUUAACCCAAAAAAAAGUCAACGUGGCUUAUUUUUAGUACCUGGCUUGGGUUAGCCAUAGUAUAUGAUUUUUGGUAAAUAUUCGAUUCCCAGCCAGGGUAGAAACAUUAGGCAUGUUUCUUUACACCUGUUGUCUAUGUUUACCCAUCAGAAAAUGGGUACCUGGGUGUUAGUCGACUAGUGUGGGUGUUAUCCUGGGACACUGACCUAAUUUUCUUGAAAUACUCAGCAUAACAAGCAGCUUUCUAUACAGUAGUAUGUCACUGAUGUCAGCUAGGCCAGUAUACCGUGUACAUGUAUGUGUAAUAAAUAAAGAUAUUAAUUAUUAUUAUUAUUAUUAUUACGUAUAUUAUUACUAUUUUCUCAGUUGUUUGUUGGGUUAUCUUAUUCAAACUUGGGCAAUGUAUGAUGGAAAGAUACUUCUUCACGUACACCAGAAAUGAAAGAAAUCAGACCAUAAAUAGUGGAGUUCACUUCUCAGCCAUUAGCGGCCGCUUAGCGGUAUACUUUUGUAUGGUUGUUAUGGUUAUAUUCUCAUUUUUUCGGUCUCAUUUGAUAGAAUGAAAGAUAUAUUACAGAAAUAGAUAUGAUUUUGAUUGCUUUCAUGACGAAAAGUACCUUGAAAUUGCGCUCACAGUAGCGAAAAUGUUCUAUUCUUUAGCGAAGCUCAUGAGUAAACAAAUGAUGUCACCGUCCAAUACCUGUCCGCCUGUCAGUCCAAUACGGAGUCAAUAAUGGCUUGACAUUAUUUAUACAAUUAUUACAAUAAUGCAGCAGUCUGCAUAACAGUAAAUCUUCUAUUUUUUUUGAAUAAAAAUUCCAAAUGAAAAGCAAGAGUAAUAUAAGAGGGGCCUGGAGACGUGACUUAUGAACAAAGAAACUGUUAUUUUAGUGCCAGGAAUGUCUACAUUGUUUAUUCUGGACCCUAUUUUGAAAUUGGCAUAUGUUGAAAUUUGUGUGAAAUCGGCCAAAUUGCCAAUUUCUGACCACUUUAUUGAGUAGUUGAAAUAAGUGAAUGGGAGGAUCUCACCUUCAAGGACCAUAACAUUGUAUCAAUCGCAUCUGCUAGAAAAAUGACAGGAUGGAUAAUGAGAACCUUCAAAACUAGGGAGGCCAAGCCCAUGAUGACACUCUUCAGGUCACUUGUUCUAUCUAGGCUGGAAUAUUGCUGCACACUAACAGCACCUUUCAAGGCAGGUGAAAUUGCUGACCUAGAAAAUGUACAGAGAACCUUCACGGCGCGCAUAACGGAGAUAAAGCACCUCAAUUACUGGGAGCGCUUGAGGUUCCUAAAACUGUAUUCCCUGGAACGCAGGCGGGAGAGAUACAUGAUUAUAUACACCUGGAAAAUCCUAGAGGGACUAGUACCGAACUUGCACACGAAAAUCACUCAUUACGAAAGCAAAAGACUUGGCAGAUGAUGCAACAUCCCCCCAAUGAAAAGCAGGGGUGUCACUAGCACGUUAAGAGACCAUACAAUAAGUGUCAGGGGCCCAAGACUGUUCGAACUGCCUCCCAGCAUACAUAAGGGGGAUUACCAACAGACCCCUGGCAGUCUUCAAGCUGGCACUGGACAAGCACCUAAAGUCGGUUCCUGACCAGCCGGGCUGUGGCUCGUACGUUGGUUUGCGUGCAGCCAGCAGCAACAGCCUGGUUGAUCAGGCUCUGAUCCACCAGGAGGCCUGGUCACAGACCGGGCCGCGGGGGCGUUGACCCCCGGAACUCUCUCCAGGUAAACUCCAGGUGGUUUCUUGUACUCAGUUGACAGACUAGAAGUAAAUAAGUUUAUGCAGGUAUACACAAAUACAGUUAUAUAGAUUAUCAUACAUAGCAGUGUAUGUAUAGAGAACCUAGGAUAAGCCAGAACAGUCAGACAAUGUGACUUAUUUCCAGUACCUGGCUUGGGCUUGCCAUAUAUGAUAUUUGGUAAAUAUUUUUUUUCUCGGUUGUUUGUUGGGCUAUCUCAUUGAAACUUGGGCAAUGUAUGAUGGAAAGAUGCUUCUUAACGUACAACAAAAAUAAAAAAGACGGACGAUAAAUAAGGGAGUUAACUUCUCAGCCAUUAGCCACCUCUUUGCAGUAUAUUUUCGUAUGGUUUUUAUGGUUGUAUUCUCAUUUUUUUGGACUAAUUUGAUAGAAUGGAAGAUAUAUUACAGAAAUAGACAUGAUUUUGAUUGCUUUCAUGACAAAAAGUACCUUGAAAUUGAGCUCAAAGUAGCGGAAAUCUUUGAUUUUUGCCGAUGUUCAAUGAACUGUGUAAGUCAAGUUGGCUAAUUUUAUUAAGUGUAUUCGAACCUAACCACUCUGUAAUUCGGCAAACUCAGUAAUCCAGCACACUACAGGUCCCAAUGAUGCUGGAUUUGUGAUGGAGGACCUGUACCAUAACUUUUAUAUAUACAUUUUAUAUAUACUGUAUACAAACAGGAGCAUAGAGUAUAUAUAAACUAAUAUUACACAGCCAUAAGUGGUGUUGGGAUCAGGUAGAAUGAGAAAUGUGGCUUCUGAUAAUCCUUCAACAACUCUUAUGGAACCUAUCCUAGGUAGCUUAAUAGUUACAGUGCUUUGGAAUAACCAGCUGACUUGGUGGUUAGUAUGUGCAUCGCUUGGCCAGAUGGUUUGGGCACAAUUUCACAAAGACACUUAAUCAGUAAUGUGAAACCUUAGUGUACAAUUGCAUUCAUAUAGUAUACUGUAUAUGAACUUAAUUAACAUUGGCCACAGGUGUUGUUGGGAGUCAAGUAAAAUAUGAUUACAGUGUAUGGGUUGUGUUAAGCCUUCCGUAGUUCAUAUGGAAUUUGUGGUUCAGUGGUGUAAUUCUUUUGAACACUAAACUGUGUGUGGAAAGUAUGUAUAUCUCCUGCUCGAAUGAUGAAGAUUCAGUCCUACGCUGCUCCUCUUUCAUAAUUUGUUACUUUCUAUAUUGUGUGAAAUUUUGGCUUGCAUCUAGGAGUGAGUGAGAGAGUGAGCAUUUUAGCGUACUACCUAUUCUGAAGUUGUCUUGUAGACUGCUAGGGUAGAAUAGAAGGGUGUGUGUGUGUGUGUGUACACUCACCUAUUUAUGGUUGCAGGGGUCGAGUCAUAGCUCCUGGCCCCAUCUCUUCACUGAUCGCUACUUGGUCCUCUCUCACCUUGCUCCAUGAGCUUUAUCAAACCUUGUCUUAAAACUAAGUAUGGUUCCUGCCUCCACUAAGGCACUUUCUAGGCUAUUCCACUUCCUGACAACUCUAUGACUGAAGAAAUACUUCCUAACGUCCCUUUGACUCAUAGGAGUCUUCAACUUCCAUUUGUGACCCUGUGUGUGUGUGUGUGUGUGUGUGUGUGUGUGUGUGUGUGUGUGUGUGUGUGUGUGUGUGUGUGUGUGUGUGUGUGCGUGCGCGCGCGCACACGUGCAUAUGCUUGCGUAUGUGUGUAAUUCUACAAUUUUCUCUUAUUUUUCCCAAUAAUGAUGAUGAGUCCUUGGUGACCUUGAAAAUCUUUUGCCAACCAUUUUAUGGUUUCUGGAAUGGUGUUUUGAUACCCAAUUUUCUUGGAGCUUGUAAUUUUUUGUCAUUUACAUACUGUAUGUGUAUAUGGAAAAGAAACCCUCUUGGAAACAUAAAUGAAGCUUGAAAUGAAAAAAGGACUACAGUAGGGCCCCAUGUAUACAGCAGUUUAGGUUCCAGGUUACUGCCGUAAAGCAGAAAUCACCACAAAGUGAAACACCCUUUUUUUCCACUGAUAAAUACAUAUAAAUGCUAGAUAACAGGUUUACACUGACAUAUAUUAAGUUAGCCAUAAAACUAGGCAUUAAAAAAAAAAAAAAAGUAAAAUACACACACAGGACACUUGUUACUUACCUUAAAAUAUUAAUAUGAAUGUGUGAAAGGUGAGUAGCAGUGUAAAAGUUUUUCCAUGUCAGCAAUAAGCUACUUUGACUUUUUUUUGGGUUAUCCUAGCUUCUCUACACAUAUGCUGCUAUAUGUAACUGUAUUUGAUGGCUAUCUCAGCCACUGACAUACCUUGUUAGUAAGUUUAUUCAGGUAUACACAAAUACAGUUACAUAGAUUAUACAUAGCAGUAUAUGUGUAGAGAACCUAGGAUAAUCCAAAAAAGUCAGCUCACUAAGUUUAAUCAUUUCUAACUUUGCACUUAAAGUUUGCACUUAAAGUAAGAGGCUUACAACUCUUUUUUAUCAUAACCAAACUUAGACGCCAUUGUCAACAAGAGCCAACUAGUUAAUGUAAUAGUAAGUGAAAGAGAACGAGAUACAUGAAGUUCAGACAAUUUAAAAACACAAACUGAACAAGUGGCAGGCAAUCACUCGGUCAGGCGAAGUAAACGUUUAUUAAUAAGUGUCCAAUUUUAGUUCAUUCAUGUACGUUUGUAAGAGUUUGUGAAACUAUUACCUCCCAAUAUUUUUUUUUAUUAUGAUAAUAUAGUGGUACCUCGAAUUUUGAACAGCUCUCAACUCGAACAGUUAUGUAAGUGUAUUUUUGUAAGUACUUUUGUAAGUGUAUUUUUGGGGGGUCUGAAAUGGACUAAUCUAAUUUACAUUAUUCCUUAUGGGAACAAAUUCGUUCAGUAAUGGCACUUGAACAGCCUUCUGCAACGAAUUUUGGCCGAAAUUCGAGGUACCACUGUAAUUAUCUCACAAUACAAAUACUCUUACAUUGUGUACAAGUUAUACAAGUUAGUACAGAUGAAUAAAUAAACAGCAACACUCCUAUUCUCAUGCAACACACCAUUUUUAGCGUGAAUGAUAUUAUUAUUAUAAUAAUAGUAAAAAAGAAGUGCUAAACUCACAAGGGUCGUGAAUAGCUAUAGAUAGAGUGAAGGUAUAUGAAAGGAAUAUUUUUCUACAGUUAUCUCCCAGUAACUUGUGUUGGACUAGAGAAAACAUAAUUCUUACGACACUCCAAGCUGCUUGGUAAACACAUCUCAUAUUUAUGUCAGUUUUUAUGCUGUGGGUGUAUGUAUCAUGUUUUUGUGUUAUGUAAUGUGCUUCUUAUAUAAUUUUGAAAAAAUAUAGAUGGAUUAAUGGAAAUGUCUAUAUUAAUGUAUUAUACGACAUUUAAUGCACCCAAAGAGAUUGUUAUUAUUAUUAUUAUGGCAUCUUCAAGAGUAGAGAGACUCUAAGUGAUUUUAAUGUACAGUGGACCCCCGACAUUCUAUGGCAUCGACAUUCGAUAAAUCCGACAUUCGAUGCAUUUUAACGCAAAAAUUUCGCCUCAACAUUCGAUAGAAAACCUGACAUUCGAUACGAUUCGUACGAAACGUGUCCACGUGUGGCCUGAACUGCACCAUGUGUGCCAGUGUUUACAAGCCAGCCAGUGCUUUUUUCUGCAAAAUAAGUAACCAUGGGCCCCAAGAAAGCUUGAGAAAAAAGGUGCUAAUGACUAUUGAAAUGAAGAAAGAGAUAAUUGCAAAGUACGAAAGUGGAGUGCGUGUGUCGGAGUGCAUGAUGAUUUGGUAAAGAAAUUGCCUGCAACUAGUGGUGAUGUGAGUGAAUUUAAGGCCAGCAAAGGUUGGUUUGAAAGAUUUAAGAAUCGUAGUGGCAUACACAAAUUCAAAAAUUCAAAUUCAAAAAUUUAUUCUCUAUAAGGAUUACAAUGCUGAGUUUACAGAAUUUGGUUAUUGUGUGGUUUACAUGUAGUAAAAUAAUAAUUACAGAGUGUACCACUAGAACACCUAGCAUGGCUAGGCAUUUCAGGCAUGGUGAGGCUGCCAGUUCAAGUCCUAAUGGAAGGGGAUUCCCCUUCUAAACACUAACACCAUCCACACUCUCCCCUCCUCCCAUCCCAUUAAUCAUCACCAGAUCUUUAUUAAAGAUAAGUGUCAAUUAUUCUAUUGUUAUUAAUCUGUUGUUAUUGUUGUUAUUGUAAUUAUUCUAUUGCAUUAAACUUAAUAUUUCAUGUGGUAAUUUUUUUUUCAUACUUUUGCAUGUCUUGCACGGAUUAAUUUGAUUUCCAUUAUUUCUUAUGGGGAAAAUUAAUUUGACUUUCGAUAUUUUCGACAUUCGAUAGCUCUCAGGAACGGAUUAGUAUCGAAUGCCGAGGGUCCACUGUAUACCUGCAUGCUAGCACAGUGUGUAAGUAUAUUUAGAUACAGGUACACAUAAGUAUAAUUAUCAGAUUACAUAUAAAAUAUGCAAUAUUUGAAAUUUUGGAAAGUUUCCAGACAUAAUAGAUAUACUUAUGGAGAAUGUAAACAAAUGGGGUGGGGUGUGGUGACCAUAUUAGGACAGGUGGGGGGAGUUGUAUAGCGAGUUUUGGUCAUAAUUUGAAAUGUCUGUAUUAGCAGAACGCCGUAAAGUGAAAUGCCAUACAGCGGGGCCCUACUGUAUAUAUUUUAAUUGAGGCUCAUUUUAGAAUUGGCUAAAGAGGCCAUUGGAGAGUGAAAUAUACAGCCCUCCUCCCCUAUUCUUUGUUUCAUUGAUGCUUUAAAGUGGGCUUCUUUGUUUCAGUUUAUAGGAGAAAGAGGGUAUGUAAAGCCAAGUUAUAAACGAUGACCACUUUCUGACAAAUUUAUGUUCCAAUUGCCCAUCAAAUUACAACUCAUUUAUUACAUGCCCUUCUCUGCCAUUUAUGCAUAACCAGUUGAAUUUGGUAUCCCUAGUACCCCCACUCUUCUGCCUUUAUUUCAAUUAAGUCUACUUUCUUUACUAAGUUCUCUACUUCCUCUACCAUAGCUCUUUGAACAGUCCUCUCCUGCAUUACUUUGGUGAUAAAGGUGCAGGUUCUUGCAAUGAAUUCUCUUCCUCAGCCUUCCUUCUCAGUUUCACUUCUUGGAUGGUAGCAGCAGAGGUUCAUUUGUCUAAAACACAUUGUGUGAGGCAAUUACAGGUUCGGUUUAACCAGCAAAUAAUAUAAACAGUUAUAGAAGAGACACAUUAUUAGAAUAGAGACUUAUUCUGCAGAGUGUAUCUCUUUGCCUUUAUGGAUACAUUUAUAUUAAUCCUUAAACUGUCCAAACAUAGAUAUAUGUUCGCCUGCGCAGCGCUCCGAAUAUUUUGAAAAAUAAAAAAAAUAGUUUUUUAUUUUUAAAUUGAAGAGCUCAUUUUUAUAAAUGGUAUAGGAUAAAAAUUUUUUUUUUAGGGUCAGUACUUACCGAGAUAUAAGCCCGCGAAGUUGGUACUAAAUGAUGAGGUGUCGGCAACGUGGAGCACUGCCACUUGCAGAAAUAAUAAACAUUUAUCGUGUUUUUUCCAAUUCUUUUCUAUUUUUUGUUGUUGUCAUGUUAUGAUAAUAAUAUUUUGUUGCAGAUCUUUUGAUUUGAUAGCCAAUUCUUGUUGAGACGCAAAUGUUUUGUACUGAAUUAGUAAUCAUACUGUCACAAACACACAUGUUCACAUUGAUAAAUGAAUUUGUACACCUGGUUCAAUCACAUACUAUUGUUUACAUAUACAAGUCCCAUUAUGUUUCUAGAAGUCCACCAUUGUAUGGUACUCCAAGAAGCAUGGAUUCAUACAGAGUGCCACCCCACAUUGCUGGCACACGUAUCGUGUGUCUUUUCACACUCGGGGGUCACUGUUUAGUGUAAGCACACACAAUACACUUUUUCUGAGAGUACCUCUUCUUUGGAGUAGAUGGUAAUGGUACCAUGCAAUGACAGUUAGGGAUUAUUUGGUCAGGCACUUCCCCCCCUUCUUGUGGAGUGACAGGUCGCUGUUGUGGGGUGACAGGUCACUGUGGAGUGAGAGGUAAAGGUGUGGUACCAUACUUUUUUCGCUAUCUGCUUCAUGACAUUGAGGGUGAAUUUUGCAUAUUGUUGUCACUUCCCAGUCUUUAUUUCAUACAUGUUAAAGGCAUUGAGCAUUGCAAUGUCUACAAGGUGGAAAAAAACUUUUAUAUACCACUUGCGACUCCUACGCACACAGUCAACAAACCCUAUCAUCAUGUCACACUUGUCGACUAGUCGCAUAUUGUUUGUAUAGUCAAUGACAGCAGCUGGCUUUACAAUAGGCUCAUUGUUGAACCUGCUCAGUCUGUUUGUCUGUACCAUCUCGUUUCUGUGGAUGGUUGACAGCAAUGUCAUGUCCCGUUUGUCAUGCCAUGUCAGUGCCAUGAUGUCAUUGGCAUGAAACGCUUCUACUAGACUUCCUCCAGUGAACCUUGACAUGUGUUUUCUACCUCUUCUCACUGUUCCACAUAUAUCAGUAUUGUUCACAUGUAGGAAAUCUGUGAGCAUAGGGCUUGUAUACCACUGUCUGUGAACAAUGUAUGACCUUUGCCAAGGUAUGGCCCCAUCAUCUUGCAAACAACAUCCCCAGAAAUGCCUAACAUGCGCCUUGUAUCGCCGAGUGUAUUUUUCCCUGUGUAGGUAAUGACAUCCAACACAAGACCAGUCUCACAGUCACACAUAAAGAGUUUUAUACCAAAGCGAUUACAUGUGCUUGGUAUAUGUUGUUUGAAUGACAGUCGUCCCUUGAACAGAACCAAGGACUUGUCAACAACAAUGUUCUUGAAUGGAUAUAAGUAGGCACUGAAUUUUUGCUUCAGAUACAUAAACAAUUUCCGGAUUUUGUAUAAGAGGUCAUUUCUGUUUGGCGUAUUCCUGUCUGAGAAGUGCAACAUUCGUAGCAACAGAGUGAAUCUGUUGCAGGGAAGGAGGUCACAGAAGACUGGAGUACUGAUGACGUGGUCUGUGGACCAGUAGUGUGCUAUAUUGUUCUUAUAUGUGUGUGGCAUAAGCAUGACAGUGCCAAGGAAUAAAUACAUUUCAGCCACAGUUGUAUCUUUGCACCUGUGCAGCCAUGAAGACUGAAACAUCUGUGUGGUCCAUUGUAUGCUGAUAGUACAUGUUGGUCUGGGUAACAAUUAGGUUCAUUAUCGGCUCAUCAAAGUAUAGUUGAAAAUAGUCUAGCUCUGUAGAUUCAUUUGCGAUGGGACAGUGUGGCAUGAUGCCACUUCUACUGGCAUCAAAAUUGAAAGGAUGUGGCACAAAUGGUGUACUUUCUGUCCAGUUCCAUUCGCGAUCAGAUGGUGCAGGGUGGACCUGUGGCAUGGGGCGUGGGGGAGCAGGAGUGGAGGCAGCACAUGGUUGAGAGGGUGCCAGGUGGUCCUUUGUCUGCCCACGCACCGCACCACGAGGUCCAGGCACCAUGCCACCCCCCUCUUCCUCCAUCCCAGCAUAUUCACCCUCAUUAUCACUAUCACUAUCAGUGGCUGAGGUUUUGGAUCGUGACCUGCCACGACCCUUGUCGCCGACUACACUACACAUGGCACACUGCCUGAACGUAGGUUAUGACACCUAAAAGUACGUUUCACUUGGGAAUAAUGCUAAUCACUUUCACUUGACGAAUCAUCUAUUGGCAUAAAAUCGAUUUCAUCAUCAUCACUUAUAUCACUUUCACUAUUGUCAUCACCAAAACACAUGGAAAAUGAUAAUUUCCUCUUGCAGAGUUGCCUUUGGGAAGUAACACUAGCAACCCCAGAGGUGCUGGGCUGAGAGUCUGUUGUGGCCACACUGGCCACCUCAGAAGUGCUGGGCUGAGGGUCUGGCAUGGCCACACUGUCCACACUAUAAACACUGGCCACCCCAGAGGUCAUGGCCUGAGGAUCAUCUGGGUUAUCAACAAAAAUUUCACUAAUUCCUUGAUCUUUAGUGGCUAUAUCGGAGUCAAAACCACUAUACUUGCAUUCUGUAUCACUUUCUGAGAAUAGUAGUGUUAAUAUGAUAAGGCGUCAGUGACUCGUGGGGGUUUGCCAUGAUGUUGACCCAAGAUGGAGCUGAAACUAACUGGUGUUACCACGCAGUACCCCAGCAUCCCCAAUUUUUUCUAUAGGGCAUACACUGAGUGUGCAUAUCCAUUCUCUCGUGUCUAGGUGACUCAGGCCUAUCGCACCAAUUUUGAAAGAAUGAAAAAUAAAAUGUUGAUCUACGUUUGGAGCCUGCCGCACGUGAACGUAUAUCUACAUGUGGACAGUUUAAGGGUUAAUGAUCACUAUUUACAUUUCAAAUAAACAAGAGCUCUUGAAUAUCACAUCACACAGGCAGUUAAGUGUACAGCAUACUUAUAUCUUGUCUCUGAAAGCCAGCUUCUUUAUGAGUCCAGUAGUGAAAAAGGUUCAGAAAUUAGCAGGCAAGUGUUUAUGUGACCAGGUGACUCUACUCUGUUGGGUCUUACCUCUCGCAAUAGUGAUGAACUGUAUAAUGCUCUGUUUCCCUUUUUGAACUUAAAUUAGUAACUUAUAGGUGUGAAUCUAUUUCAGCUGGACCUGAAUAUCAAAAUCGUAUACAAUACCGACAGGUUGGUAGGUAAGACACAUUUAGUUGCCUAAGUGUCUUACCUACCAAUCAGCUGGACCUAAUGAUGUUUAUAUGCCUGUGCUUCAAUACUUUUACCCUUCAUCAUUUGAUUACAUACUUGUUAUAGUAGACCUCAUCAAUUGGAACUACAUGUAGUCUGAAAGAGCAGUGAAACUCUGCUGUGGUCCUUCUUUUUCAAAACUGAGUGUAUUAGGGCAUGACCCAUCCCAUUAUAGAGACCCAUUUGCAAAUUAUUUGAACAUAUAGUGGUAUUUGGAGACCCACAGCUGUUUAUAACCCAUCAGUUAGGCUAAGGAAAGGACUGUUCCAUCAUAGAUCUUGUACUCUGGUGAGCCCAUGGUUGAAGAUCAGUUUGUUGUGGUAGUCUUUUCUGACCAAUGAAAAAGCUCAAAACUCUGCCAUGCAAAAUCGCAUCUUGUUACAGGCCCUUUCCUUUGGCCUGUGGGGCCUGAUUAGACUUUUUCUUGUCUUUAUGAUAAUACAGAUAAUUUCAUGUUGAGACAGACAGCAGCCUUUCCUCCAUCUUCUUUUAAGCUGAGGACAUACCACAACCAUGUUUCUAAUAGCUAUCAACAAUAUAGUCUCUGUUCUAUAUCAAGAAAUUUUAUCUUCCUUGUAUAUGGGUGAUUUUUGCCACUGUGUUGACACAAAUGCAUAAACUGGUGACUGGUUAAAACAGGCAGUUGACAAUGCUUAUAUCUUUGCUGUUUCACAACUUCAGGUUCUUUGUAUCUAAAACAAGCUUAAUAAUCUUUAUAUAGCAUCCAGUCAUUACCCAUUCCAGGUUCUUCAUGUAUAGUUCCUUCAUUCUGUCUUGCCUGAUGAAUUCCUUUGCUGCCACUUUGAUUACUGAAUAUCUGUUGAAAAUACAGUGCCCUGAAAACUUCAUAUAUCAUCAGACUUAAUCUGUUUAAAAUUUUGUAAUUUUUCUUGGAAAACUGAUAGGCGAAUUCUUCUACAUCUUCACACAUCUGUAAGUAAUUUUAUUGAAGCUCCACUAUGGUGAUUAGGUAGAGUAUAUUCCUCAUCUUCUACAGCUACUCUUUCUGGACUUGUUACGUAUCUUCAUAUAUUGUAUGUCUGUGUUUAGCGACAUUUCAUUUAUCCCAUUGGAAAGCUUGUAUGCAGGAUCUAAUUUCUCGUUAUUACGGGGUCAUUAUAUUUUCUUCAUUAUCCCAUUCACUUCUUACCUAUAAAAUUAUCACCAGUAUUAGUAAAACUAACACCAAUAUUCACCCCUUCAAAGUCUGGCUUAUUGCUAUUGGGAGUUCUUCAGCCCUCUUCCCAAAGAUGAGACCCAUACCAGUCGGCUAACACCUGGGUGCUGUAACUAUUCACUGCUAGGUAAACAAGGAUACCAGGCAUACAUAUUACUGUACAGGGGCAUUGAAUCCACUUCCUUUCUUUUGCAAGCCAAACAUUAUACCACUAAUUGCUAGUCACCUAUGUGCCAUAUAUAUCAAAGAACAUGUUAACUUCAAUUCUAAUGUCUCUCUUAAUUCCUUAAUACCCCCACCCAGGCUGCCCUCAUAAUGAAGUCCUAUAUUAAAUAUAUGUACUGACAUAUUAUAGACUUCUUAACUGAAACUGAUGUAUUACACCAAAUAUGACUUUCUCUUUUGCACAUUAGCUCACUCUUCAAACAACUUUCAUAAUCUCAGCACCCAUUUGCCAUGUAGUGCUGAAUGACCCAUACUGGUCUAGCCCCUUUUUUAAGAAUAUAAUAAUAAUAAUAAUAAUAAUAAUAAUUAUGUAUCACUUCUCUAGGUAUCUGUUAGUCUAUUGAGUCAGUUUCUAUUGUAGGGGGUUAAUACAAUCACAGUCUGAACUUUGGUUAUAAGAGCAUUCUGGUUCUGAUGCACUGAAGAUGAUCUAUAACAUCAAAAUAAAAAGUAAAUGUAAAACAAAAAAGAUCACCAAAAGAAGCACAAAUAAUGAAAAUAUCUUUAUCAAGAUAUUUUGUUUGUCCGCUCAGCUUGAUUUUAGCAGCUUACCAAUUGUCACAAACCUUGGCUUUUGAGGGAAACUUAUCACCUAAAAAAAAUUCCGUAAAAGCUUUAGUGGUUAGAUUCAUAAUCAGAAGGGCUGCUUAACAAUGAUUUGCUGGAAUGGCAAAUAGGUAUAGGUGGCAUUUGGAUUGUGAGGCAAACAAGAUUUAAAAUAUUGACUAAAUAGUUUGGAAACCACUGUCUAGGGUGUAACAGUAACUAGGAAGUUGUUCUUGGGGAGUUUAUCUAUAUAUUUGUAGCUAGGAAAGCAGGGCUUAGCUUGUGGUGUCUGGUCUUUGAUAUUUAAUUUGUUAUAUAUAAUGCAUUUACUUUUAAUUUCCAAUGGUGGUUGCACCGAGUAUUGUCUCUUUUAGCUCUACUGUUCUACCAUUGUGAAGAACCUUUAAUAUCUUUUUUUGGAAGCUCUUCUAAGUUUAUAACCAUGGCCUCUUGCUCAUAUAUUGACAGUGUUAACCUUUCUCAUCUAUUUCUUAUAUCUUGUAGAUGAAUGGUUCACAGAACCGACAAGUUGAUAAAUUGCACAUGUGCAACACUUGGGUAUCUUUAUUGAGGGAACAUUUUGCCACACAGUGGCUUCAUCAGUC